AUGUCCAAUCUCGACACGGAUGAAGACUGUAUAGGUCGAGGGGUAUCUAAGGAGAAGAUUCUCAGUGAGAAGUUCAGAACAGGAGGUUGGCUCGGUUACGACUGGCUCUGUGGCGAGCGAAUUGAUGUUAUCGAUGUGCGGCUGCGACAGAUAGAAUUGGCGAAGGAAUCCAAGGUCACGGAGUCUGCCCUGAGAUCAGCAUUUGGCAAGUUCUUCGACCCCAUGGGUCUUUUCGCGGAAGUGUCCUUGGAGCUCAGAUGGGCGGCUCGGCUGGCUCAUGAGAGACUGAAGCAGAGGAGGAAGGACUUCGAAGAUGGUACGGACAUUGUGGACGAGGAGACGGCAUCUAUUAUAUUGAGUACCAUUACUGCAUGUAACUCAUUCCUGCAAUCUGAUCGUAUUCUUCCCCCUCGCUAUCUUGAUGUGUCUACUUUAUUCGUCUUCGUCGAUGCCUCUGAGGCCUGCAUUGCUAUUGAUAUUCGAGUCGGUUCGGGUGCUCGUCUCUUUGCUAAGUUCAGUGUGACUCCGGGAGGCACGAUUCCCAGGAGAGAAUUGGAAGCAAUGCGCCUCGGUGUUGAGCAGUUGUAUAGCAUUGUUAUGGCAUUGAGGUCCAAAGUCACGAGGUCUGUCAUCCUCGGUGAUAGUAGUAUUACAUUAUUCCGUUUGAGAGCGGUCUUGUCUGGCCACGGCCAGAAGAU